UAUCGCUCAUGCAGUUAGAAUAAAGCAGCGCAUUUUUCGAUUUCAAUCCUCGUAAAUGAUAUGUUGAUAAACAAAUGACGCCAUAUUGAUUUUGAUUUUGGGUAGCCUAUAUUCAAUUGAUGUCUAACCCCUGCGUGAAACCAGCCGGGUGACGUCUUUAGAGAACCCCCAUUGAACUGACAGGAGCCAACAUAUUGGGUAUCCCACUGACAUUUUCCCUUUGUUUUCAUAUGAAUUCGCGUUGACAGUGCGACGGUAGUGCCUCCUGGUGUUGGCAGGUGUUGGCUUCUCAUUAGGGGGCAAAACAUAAACAAACCGCCAUCGAAAAUAUACAAAUUUGAUACAGUGAUUACUCAUUGUAAUUCUUUGAUUGUGUCGUCUGCUGGUUUUAGGAAUCUUUAAACAGCUUUCAAACAGCAUAUUACGGUGAAUAACGAAUAUUCUGGCCUCAUUCAGCGUUUGUAGGAGGCAGAAAAAAUAGGCGCAUCUGGAGGACUGAGAUUUUAGGGUAAUUUCUUUAAUAAAAUUAUGAAUGAAACUUGAAAAGAAAUGAAGUGCUGUUAUAUUAAACAGUUCUGUCAAUUCAUUGUCUUUAAUAAUAAAGCGAAAAACAUUACGAUACAAUUCAUUUGCAGUGCAGUGCUUCGUGGAGAAAAUGGCCGAGUGGAAGCAAAGUGAACCUUUCAACGAGCCUUGUGAUGAAAAUAUCGGGAUUCAAUCUAUAACACCGCAUUCUAGUAAAGUGGUUUGUAUAGUUCCUGGAUGUCGUACACGGAAUGGCCAAGGAUAUUCAUUCCACAACUUUCCCCCGAAGGCGGAUAGAAAACGGUAUAAGGUUUGGUUGACAAAAUUGCGACUGAAUUAUGAGCCAUCUCCGUCGUCGAAAGCUUGCAGCUUACAUUUUAGCAUUACAAACUUUGUUGUUCCUACUGCGAGAAGGCUUACUGAACGGAUGAUUUUAAAAAGAACAGCCAUACCAGACAUCAACUUACCUAAACCAAUUUGUAACACAGUGAGAGAAAUAGCAGCUAAAAAUCGCGCAGAACGAGCAGCCAGGCGGAAUGAAUUUAAACCAGAUCUGAAUCAUUAUAUGGAGGACAGCCAAAUGUCGAUCUGUGAUGAUACUGAGGACGCAAUAGACAUUAUUACAGCACCGGACUUUGAGCAAGCAGCUGUUAUUACAUCACCGGACUUUGUGCAAGCAGCUGUUAUUACAUCACCGGACUUUGUGGAAGCAGUUGUUCAGGUGGACACGCUUGAUUUGGAUAAACUUUUUAUCGGUCGUCGUAGAACUAUGUCUGUCCACUUUAAAACCGAUUCGGAGUUGAACUCCUGGACAGGGUUAGCUUCCCUCAAAAUGUUGGAUACCAUCGUUGAGGGCUUAUGUUCGUUGGCCGCGUAUAAGAAGCGAUCGCACUCUACCGUUCCUGUAGAAGAGGAAGUGCUUGUAGUGUUUGUGAAAAUGAAAACGAAUAUAUCGUUCUCUUGCAUGAGUGCUCUGUUUAACUUACAUUACCAGACUAUUUCUCAGGUGUUUUACCGGACAGUUCCAUUGUUGAAGAUGAUGUGCACUCCAUUAGUACCAUGGCCAACACAAGAAGAAGUUAAUCGCGAUAUGCCACACUAUUUCCGACCAUAUUAUACUGACGUUAUCGCUGUACUCGAUUGCACUGAAAUGCCAAUUAAAAAACCAAAAUGUCUCCACUGCAGGAUCAACGCAUAUUCGCAUUAUAAAGGACGUGAGACUGCGAAGUACUUGAUUGCAGUUACUCCAGGAGGAACAAUAUGCUAUAUAAGUCAUGGAUAUGGCGGGAAGGCUUCGGAUAAGCAAAUAGUUACUGCGGAAAAAUUGCUCGAAAAAUUUAAAAUUGGUGAAGCAGUGAUGACCGAUAAAGGUUUCAGCAUAGAUACUGAAUGUAAAGCCCUCGGAGUGAAGCUUGUGCGACCACCAUUUCUAACGGCUCCUCGUUAUCAGCUGAGUACAAUGGAUGCUCGUGUAAAUGUUUCUAUAGCCGCGUCAAGAGUACAUGUGGAACGAGCUAUACAACGCAUAAAAAUUUUCGAAAUAUUCAACAACAAAAUCGAUACACGUUUUCUUCCUAUAUUGGAUGAUUUAAUAUACAUUGCCUGUGGAAUUGUCAAUAUUUCGAAGCCAAUUCUGUCAAACGAACGAUUUUAGAAUUAGAAUUUUUUUAUUAAUAAUACUUUAGAAUACAUAUAUUAAACAGACGAAUAUAGAUAUUUCAAAAAAACAUUAAAAUAAACCUCCUUCAGCACUGCUACCAUCGUUCUAACAUAAUCUGGAUCGAAUUGAACUUCCUGAACAUAGCAUUUAUCAUCAUAUUCUGAAUAGAUUAUAAAAUCUGCUACUCUACAUUUUGUUAUGAACAUAGUUAGUUGCAACUGUGCGUAAUAUUGAUGAUUUUUUUUCAAAACAUUUAAUCUUGUAAAAU